AUGUCUGAUAUCGCAUCUACCUUCUCGCGCCUUGUGCGCUUCGUUCCCAAGUCGGACCCCUCCAAGAUUCUCAUCGGAGAGCCUGUUGACGCUGAACUCGAUGUGGGUUUGGCUCUGUACAAGGGCCAGGAGGUCUCUGUGCGCCCUUUCACCGGUACCACCGUUUUGGCCCCUGGUAAGGCCACCACCGGUACUGAGGUUAUUGAGCGUCUGCUCUCUCCUCUCGCAGAGCAGGAGGUUGGAGCCAUCCGCUGCGUUGGCUUGAACUACACUUCACAUGCUAAGGAGAUGUUCAUGCCCAUCCCAGAUGUGCCUACUCUGUUCAUUAAGCCUUCUGCAGCCCUCGCUGAUCCUUACCCCGCUCCUACUGUUCUGCCCAAGAUCACACAGACCGAUAACACCGGUGACUACGAGUCUGAGAUGGUCAUUGUCAUUGGUCGCGAUGCAAAGGAUGUGCCUGAGUCUGAGGCUCUUGACUACGUUCUCGGUUACACUGCUGCCAACGAUGUUUCCAGCCGUACCUACCAGAUGAACCAGACCCAGUGGUGCUUCUCCAAGGGUUUCGAUGGCUCAUGCCCCAUUGGACCUACUCUCGUCUCCUCCAAGCUCAUCCCCGAUGUUAGCAAGCUGCACAUUCGCGGUCUUAAGAACGGAGAUGUCAUGCAGGACUGCCCUCUCACUGAUUUGAUCUUCACCGUUCCCCAGCUCAUCGCCUUCCUUACCCAGGGCACUACUCUGCGCGCGGGUACCAUUAUUUUGACUGGUACUCCUCCCGGUGUUGGUGCUGCCAAGAACCCCAAGCAGUUCAUUAAGGCUGGCGACAACUUCGCCGUCGAGCUGCUUCCCCACGUUGGUACCUUGAUCAACAAGAUUGAGCACCAGUGA